AUGGGUCAAUUGGAAAGUACAAAUCGCGCCUACUACAGCAAUGAUGAGCUUAUUAAUGCAUUAAUUGAGAGGGAGUGUAUACACUCAAUUAAUGUGGAAAAAGUGUUCAGAAGUGUUGACCGAGGGUUAUAUUAUACCAAUGAUAAUAAACUAAACGCCUAUAGAGACACGGAUUGGCAAUCGGGAGAUGUUUAUUUGUCAGCACCAAGUGCUUAUGCUACUGUUUUAGAAUGUUUGGAUAUCCACAAGGGUCAUAAGUUUUUAAACAUCGGUUCUGGAAUAGGGUAUUUUAGUACUCUAGCCGGGCUUUUAUUGGGUGUUAAUGGAGUUAAUCAUGGCAUUGAAAUUCAUAGUUAUUUGAUAGAUAUAGCAUAUCAAAAGUUGAAAGUAUUUAAACAAAAUUCUGCAGCAAUUGAUUAUUUUGAAUUUUGUGAACCAGUAUUCAUCAAAGGAAAUGCAUUUGAACUGAAGUCAGUGGGUUACUAUGAUAGAGUCUUUUGUGGGGCUGAAGUACCACUAGCAAAAUCUUCAUUUAUGAAGGCUCUUAUUAAAAUUGGUGGUGUAUUAGUUAUGCCAUUGAAAGGGUUCCUCGUAAAAGUAAUUAGGUAUGGUGAACACUCGUGGAAAACAAAUAAACUCUUGAAAGUAUCGAUGCCAGAUCUUGUUGUGGCAGAAAAAUUUAGUAGUAUGAAAGUUUCAAAGUUUCCUACUGUUGAACCAUUGAGUUUACAAGAGUUAUGCAGAUCAAACAUUCGUGCAUCCAUACGAGAUUGCUUGUAUAAAAGUCAUCCUCGCUUACAAAUGCGCACUAAAUGUAAACCAAACGUAACCAAAAGAUAUAAUCAAACAUUUUUUAGUUCUGAUCCGAUGGGUCACAUUCUUGAGGAAUAUGCAACUAUCGGUGAAACGAUUAGUAUACAGAAUUACAUUGAGGAUUCGAAAGAGGAAACAUCAGAUCUGGAUACGGGAUCUGGAUCUGGGAAUGAGGCCAUUGAAGAAGAUAAUGAUGACAGUAACAAUGGCGAUGAUGUUGAAGAAAAAAAUACAACUGAACAGUGUGAUAAAAGUUUACUUAAAAAAACUGCAUCAGAUAACAAAAGAAAAGCAUCAGAAGCUGAAUGUUCUGAACAAAAUAAAACAUUGCCCGAAAAACCAGAAAAUACAAAAAGAAAGAGAAUGAAUUCAUUAUCUUCUACAGUCAAAAAUCUCUCCAGUAACCAUUCUACCAAUAGCUGUGAUGAUUUUUUGGAGACUAUGUCUAAUGAUUCAUCCGAGUCUGAUGAUGAAGAAAAUGAUCAAAAUGGUGAAGAUGGAUUUUAUAACGCUUUGGUUGAUGAUCACGUUAAAUUUACCUGCUAUUAUAGUAAUGAAUUCACUAGGGAAUUGAUAAAAUACGGCUUUUUGAGCAAUCGCAAAGAAAAUAACUUGAGUAAACUUCUGAAGUUUAAAAUUAAUCUGUUACCACUACCAGCUAUGCUCAAAGUGUUUCUCAACUAUAGGUACCGCAACAAAAGAAACAACUUAACAGAUGUCAAGUAUGUUCUGAAUCCUUUGAUAGUUGAAUUAAUUGCCUUGAUCACAUUCACAAAGUCCAUAAUCAGCCUACUCCAUCAACCUCAAAUGAAGUAA